AUGAUGUCCUCUCUAUUCUUGAUUAUAGCCGCGUCCACGCUGGCAGCCGCGCACACCAUCAUCACAUACCCAGGCUGGAGAGGCGACAACCUGAUAUCGAACUCGACCUUCCCUUAUGGCAUGCAGUGGAUGUAUCCAUGUGGCGGUAUGCCCCUGACGACGAACAGGACCUACUGGCCAACAACCGGUGGUGCAGUCGCUUUCCAGCCGGGUUGGUUUCAGGGUCACUCGACGGCAUUCCUCUAUGUCAACCUGGGUAUUGGCUCCGACGGACCGGACGGCGGCCCAUUGAACAUGUCGCUGCCCAUGGUCCCGCCGUUCCAACUCCUUGGCCCAUCCAACAACCCGUUUCCCGGCACAGUGUGCUUGCCCCAGGUACCGCUGCCCACCAACCUGACGGUCAAGGCUGGUGACAACGCCACCAUCCAAGUCGUCGAGAUUGCUCAGCAUGGUGCUGCGCUGUUCUCGUGUGUCGACAUCAUCUUCGUCGAGCCCGGCGACAGCCGUCUGGCCGAGGUCAACGAGACCAACUGCCUCAACAGCACCGAGCUCGGCUUCGCCGAACUCUACACCAUCACUACCAAGGCCGUCGGCAGCACGGCGAACGCAACUCUGUCGAGCGCAACAUCUCUCGUCCGCUCUAGCUCAUCGUGGCUGGGCUACACACCACUGCUCCUCGGCGCUUUGUGGUUCCUCGCCUAA